UCUGAGUCUUGUUGUUUACACAUCGCUAUUUUUGUCAUGUCCAGUCGCACAGGAAAGGUGUUUGUCAGCCUCUGCUGGAGUGCCGCGAUUUGUGCUCUGUACCUUGCCUUGACUUCAUCAUCCCACUGUGGGUUGAUCAGGCAGACAUCAUCCUCUGGGAAUUCACGUGAAACCUUGACCCAGUUUGUGCCAAGAUUUUGCAAUGAGCAGUCAUCUUUCAUGAGUGGUGCGUCUGAAUUCUCUGCAGAAUAUCUGAAGUUCAUCCCCAAACUUUCAUCCUCCUACUUCGUGGAGAGCCAGCAGAUGCGUCAUGCUGCUCCUAAUGUCUUCCAAUGUCGGUAAAAUAAAACCGGAAGUUGUAUCCUGAGGUGUUUGAGAGAUGGCUGGAUAUUCAGAUUGUUAAUCUUUUUCUUUUUUUUUUUUUGUAUUUGACUGUAUGCUAUGGAGAAGCGUUAAUCGAUAAGGCAUUGUUUAAAAUAUGCGCUUCAUAUGAACUGGAUGCUGUCAUGGCACGAGUGGCUGGAGAUAUUAUUCAUUUAAACGUCGGAGGAAAGAGGUUCAGUACCUCCAGGCAGACUUUGACAUGGGUACCAGACUCCUUUUUCUCAAGCCUCUUGAGUGGCCAGAUAUCAACCUUAAAAGAUGAAACAGGAGCGAUUUUCAUAGAUUGUGAGCCUUCACUUUUUGCUCCUAUUCUGAACUUCCUGCGCACUAAAGAACUGCACCCCAGGUCUACCGAUGUGAAUUUACUGAUGCAUGAAGCUGAGUUCUAUGGAAUCACUCCAUUAGUACGUAAACUGCAGCUGUGCAAUGAACUCGAUCGCUCAUCAUGUGGCUCAGUGCUGUUUAAUGGCUAUCUGCCUCCUCCAGUGUAUCCUGUGAAGCGCAGGAACAGACACAGCAUUGCCGGCUCUCAGUUCAUGGCUGGCCGAGCUGUCCCUCUGGAAAGAGCCAUGGUCCGACGCAGCAACACAAUGCCGCCCAACCUAGGCAACACAGGCAUGCUGGCAAAAAUUACUGCUACAGAAGAGAAAAUCUCAGGUCAGGGCUCAGAUCCAGGAAUGCUACGGAUCAUAUGUGGCCAUCACAACUGGAUUGCAGUGGCUUACGCACAGUUUGUGGUGUGUUACAGGGUUAAGGAGUCGACAGGGUGGCAGCAAGUGUUUUCGCGCCCCAGAUUGGACUGGAUCAUCGAUCAAGUCGCACUCAAUGCUAAAGUCAUGGGAGGGUCACUAGGAGACAAUGACAAGAUGGUCGCGGUGGCGUCCGGGACAGAGAUCAUAUUAUGGGCAGUCUGUCCUGAAGGAAAUGGAAAUGAGAUUGGUGUCUUUAGCUUAAGUGUGCCUGUGGAGGCUCUGUUCUUUGUGGGGAAUCAGCUCAUUGCCACGAGCCAUACAGGAAUGGGUGUGUGGAAUGCUGUAACAAAACACUGGCAGAAUCAGGAUGUGGUUCCCAUAAACAGUUGUGACACAGCAGGGUCCUUCCUCAUCCUUGGCUGUAAUAACGGAUCCAUUUACUACAUCGAUGUACAGAAGUUUCCAUUAAGGAUGAAGGAUAACGAUUUGCUGGUGACAGAGUUGUACCGAGAUCCCAGCGAAGACGCCAUCACAGCACUUAGCGUCUAUCUUACACCUAAAACGAGUGACAGUGGGAACUGGAUUGAGAUUGCAUAUGGCACCAGCUCAGGAGCUGUGCGUGUGAUUGUUCAGCACCCCGAGACAGUGGGCUCAGGGCCACAACUCUUUCAGACAUUCAGUGUUCAUCGGAGUCCUGUUACCAAAAUAAUGCUGUCAGAGAAACACCUCAUCUCAGUGUGUGCAGAUAAUAACCAUGUGCGUACCUGGACUGUAACACGGUUCAGAGGAAUGAUCUCCACCCAACCAGGCUCCACCCCCCUCAGCUCAUUUAAAAUCGUCUCACUGGAUGACAUUGAUGGACAUGCAGGCUGCAGUGCUGGCACUGAGAUUGGUCCAUAUGGAGAGAGAGAUGACCAGCAGGUGUUUAUUCAGCGCGUAGUUCCUGACACUGAUAAACUCUAUGUACGACUCUCCUCUAGUGGCAAAAGGUAGAAAAGACCAUCCAUCCAUGGAAAAGUUUCCAUACAUCUUUUUUCGAUUUGAAUUGGAAAGAGGAAAGAGAAUAGAGAAAGAAGAACAGAAAGGGAGAAUAUGAGGACAUAAAAAUUCACCAGUUCUCUUUGAAAAAAUUGUGUAGAAAAUGUGAAA